AGCCUUGGGUAGCAAACUGGAUCAAGGAAAAAGAGGAGAAAAAGUCCGUAGAUUUAUUCGCGAACGAAAUAAAAAAAUAAUUAACCACGGUCUAAUUAUUCCCCCGCUUUGUUAUUGUCAUUUGAGGAUAACGUGUUGCCUCGUUGCGACGCAACUUCUAAUUACUGCGCUGUACAUUAACUACGUUUCUUCCCUGAAGUUGAAAUAACUUUGCGUGGACGGAGUGUACAGGGUGUAAACAUUCUGCAGUUCACAUCACUGGAAAGUGUUUGAAGGAGUGGAUUUGCUGCCUUACAUUGCAACAAAGUAUCAUACUCAAAGGAUACUUGAUUUUCAUCUAGCUACACACUGAAUCAGAACGGUCGCGUGGCCAAGGAUGGAAAUAUUGGACAGUACCGAGUCUUUUUUACACUGGGAUCGGAAUCUCAGCGAGCUUUCAGAGCCUGGAGAAAACGAGAAUAUCUUAUACAGCACACACUUCACAGAGCUCCUGGACGACUUUUCCCAGGAUGCUUUGCUGGGCCAGCUGCUGAGCGACCCCUUCCUGUCCGGCCGGGACGGAGAGGCCAUGGAUGAGGGUGAGGAUUUAACCCCUUCCUCCCCGCUGCCCCCCCAUAUCCAGGCGGAGCACUCGUACUCCCUCUGUGGGGACUCCCGGCCCCAGUCCCCACUCUCACACCUGGCUGGGGAGCAGGGGAGUGAAGCAGAGUCCGAAGGCGAGGAGUGGCCCAUGGAGCAGGAGGAAAAGAUGGAUGUGCUGCUGUGUGACCCUCCUGCCCUGCUGCCCACCCUAUCUCUUACUCUGGCCCCCGAGGGCCACAUCAUUGAAGCCCCUGAACUGGCCAUCCCCCCAGCCCCCAGCCCCACGGCCGGCCCACAGUCCGCCACACAAGGAAGGACCAGCAAGGUGAAAGAGAUUUCCGAGAUUCAAAUCAAAUUGGAGCCUCACGAGGUGGACCAGUUCCUGAACCUGUCACCACAAAAUCUUGAGUGUCUGCAGAUGCCCCCCACCCCCCCCUCCUCCCACGGCAGCGACUCGGAGGGCAGCCAGAGCCCGGUGCACGCUGGAGCCUCGCCGGGCCCCUCCACCCCGUCCUCCCCCGUCAGCCCUGCGCCCCCCCAGGGAGGCCUCAAGGCGGCUCCGCGCGGACCUUCAUCCCUGUCCAACUCGCCCCUUCUUACUGCCCCACACAAGCUGCAGGGCUCUGGUCCUCUCCUGCUGACCGAGGAGGAGAGGAGAACCCUGGUUGCAGAGGGUUACCCCGUUCCCACGAAGCUGCCCCUCUCUAAGGCUGAGGAGAAAGCCCUGAAGAAGAUACGCAGGAAGAUUAAGAACAAGAUCUCUGCUCAAGAAAGCCGGAGAAAGAAAAAAGAAUACAUGGAUGCCCUGGAGAAAAAGGUGGAGACAUGCUCCAAUGAGAACAGCGAGCUGCGCAGGAAAGUUGAAAAUCUGGAAUGUACCAACAAGACUUUAAUACAGCAGCUACACUCUCUGCAGGCAGUGGUGGCGGGGAAGGUACCCCGUUCCUGCAGGGUUGCCGGAACCCAGACCUCCUCUUGCCUCAUGGUGGUGGUGCUGUGUUUCGCAGUGUUCCUUGGGAGCUUUUGCCCCAGCCUCGGUCCCUGCUCCUCCAUUACAGAGACAGGUCUCUCCAGAGAUAUGGCUAUGCAGGAGUCUUACACUGCAUCAGUGAAGUCAAGGAGCCUGCUGUCCUUUGAGGAGGGAGGAUUGGAUGAGACACAUCUUCUUGGUCUGGGUGGGGACUAUCCUGACCAAUGGGAGAGGCCCACGGUCGUCAUGGCAGCAUGGCGCUCUGAGAAAACGCAGCAGAAAGGGGAGGAGUCCCAAAGUGCCGAGACACGUCCACCUUUCAGCAAUAGCAAUGACACGAGUCCCCAGAAACCCCUCCUAUUAGACCUCCAAAGGUCUCUGGAGCAGAGGACAAACGACAGCACAAAAAUUUUAGCGCUGGAGAGAACAGUCAACGAGACGUCUUAGGGUCGGUCCCCUUUGACCUUCCCUCUGAAGGAGACAGGAGGCUUUCUGUAUUUAUAGAAUCAUUUUGGAUUUCAUUAUUGUUUUAUUGUAUGCUGUUCUUUUAUCAUGUGUUUCUAUUCCAGUAGUACACCACGUUUUAUUAUUUUAGUUAUUUUUGUGUUCAUACUUUAUUUGUUUUUUUAAUUUGUUUGUGUUUUUAUUUGACGGUUUUUAUUUGCGUCAUUAUAUGACGCCUGUGCUUCAGCCAAUACGCUCCGUCAUAUUUGAGUGUUUGGUAUUCAUUAUGUAUUUCUAUGGUGAUAUUCCCCUUUACGUUGAGUGGGGACCUACUGUCUGAAAUGCUCUUCUCUUUCAGUCUGGGUUUCUUGUAGAUUUUGAUAGGAAAUAUUCUGAAUAUCACUCUGUCCUUAAUACGUUUAUCUACUAAAAAGCCAAAGGUCUUUAUAGCAAAUUCUAUUUUUGUAAAUAUAAAUAUUAACGUAAACGUCAGCCAGCAUUUGUGAGGUCUGUAAAAGGCGGUUUUACAGGCGGUUGCAUGUCUGCACAUAAGAUUUAAUAAUACAGCAUCACGAAGACCCUGUUCCCCUAUUGUUGACAGACAAGUGGGUGGGGAACGUAUUGUUUCCUUUAACUGAACAAGAUAUUUGCUCCACUUCAAUCAACUGAGAGCCAACAGUAUUGCGGCCUUGUGAUUUGAUGAACCCGGAUGAUGUUUCUGCUGGGUCGAAGUCCUUUCAGCACGGCCUGCGUCUCGCGCAUGCAGUCACAUACAUGGAAGAUUUUCUGUAGAACCAGGAGUGUCUAUUUCGUUAGUCCACCACUCUACCGUCAACCCACGCACACUGUUUCCAAAGAGUCAAUUUCUUAUUUAUUGUACAUAAAGUGUAGCGUUGCAAUAUUUUUUUUGCACAGAACAAGUAGCAUUACGCAUAAUACUUCAGGUAGACGUGCUCUAAAUGUCUCUCAGCUAUGCGUUUUUACCGUUCUUGUACCAGACUUAUGUGUAGGUGGGUUUAUAUCAAGUAAACUGCUUGCACGUGA